ACUGUCUGCGCAUGUUCUGUUGUUGACUUUGCCCCUACCAAAAUGGCCGCUAUAUUGGCACGCCACUAGCACUGUCUGCGCAUGUGCUUAUCUUGACUUUGCCCUGACCAAAACGGCCUCUAUGUAGGCACGCCGCCAGAAGUAGUACUGCAGCGCGCAAGAAAUUUAGUUAAAGUAUAUCUGUGAACAUUUUGGCAGGAAUUAGCGCAAGCAAAAUAUUAGUUUCUUGUUUUGCCAAACUAUGGUAUACAGCUGUUGUGCGCCAGGAUGCAAGAACCAACGAGGAGACGGGAAGGCGAGGGAAUUUUAUCGUCUUCCCAAAGAUCCUGAAAGACGACAAAAGUGGGUUGCAGUCAUAAAUCGCGCCAGAAGCCAGUGGAAGAAACGUGAGCCCUGGUGGGAACCUUCCGACAACGGUGUCCGUCUGUGUAGUGAACACUUCAUAUCAGGGAGAAAGAGUAACAACCCGAGGUCACCGGAUUUUGUGCCUGCAAUCUUUAAACAUGUGCCAUCCCCGCAGAAGAAGAGGAGAAGUGCAAGGAGAAGGCAGCUGGUUGUAUUCAACAGACGGCAGAAGAGCAGACACCAACAAAUUAAGCAGGAAAGAAAAUCGCCCCCCGUAGCAUCAGCAGACAACUCUAUAACCGACAUGGCCGACGAAGGCGGUCCCGUAGAAGUUGACAUUCCUAUAAGAGAAUCUCCAGAGACACCCCUUAACAACGAGCUUCCAUCCACUCCUGAUUACCAGGAGAGCACAGCGACUCCGCCGUGUCGCAGCGAAGACUGUCAGAGACUCAUCCAGUCCCUGGAGUCAGAAUGUCAAGCUCUGAGGACUGAAAAUGAGUUGCUAAAAGACAAAAUUAACCGAGUUGAACUAAACGAGAUGACUCUGAAAAACGACGACGAAAAGGUGACCGCGCUCACAGGUCUGCCGACAUUCUCAGUCCUGAUGACGCUUUUUCACUUUGUGGCUCCUUUCCUUAACCAUGCGUCAUACCUGACGUCCUUUCAGCAGUUCAUGCUAACUUUGAUAAAGCUCAGACUUAACUUGUCUUUUGACUUUCUUGCCUAUUACUUUGCCGUGGAUUCGACCGCCGUUUCUCAGCUUUUUAACCGCUGUGUAAACGUCAUGGAUUGUCGGCUGGUGCCAAGUUUAGUCAAAUGGCCGGACAGGGAAUCUUUAAGAAGGUCUCUCCCGUGUGCAUUUAGGAACAGUCCCUUCGAAAAGACGGUGUGCAUUAUUGACGUUUUUGACCUAGUCAUUGAGAAACCAGGUAACUUGAUAAACAGAGCACUGUGUUACUCAGCAUACCAGUCAUGUUAUACCGUGAAAUAUUUAUUAGCCAUUUGUCCACAAGGCUCAAUUUGCUUCCUUUCCAAUGGCUGGGGAGGUCGCACAAGUGAUAAGUUAAUCACAAAGCAAAGCAAGUUUUUAUGCAAUUUUCGUCCAGGGGACUUAGUCUUAGCCGACCGAGGUUUUAUCGUCGAUGAGAGUGAACAUUCCUAUCCAGCUGACAUUAGAAUCACAGCAUUAGCUUUUGGUAAAGGACAAUUGGAUCCCGUUGACUUGGGGGACACAGAGGGUCUAGCAACUCUCAGGAAACACAUUGAGAGCAUAAUUGGGGUUCUCUUUCGGAAAUAUAGCAUUUUGCAAAGUACUGUCCCUGAAGGCUACACUCGCAUCGAUCAAGAACGCAUGACUCUUCUCGACAAAAUUGUAAAUAUAUGUUGCGCGCUUACAAACGCCUCGGAAUCAGUGGUAUCUUUUCAGUAACUGCUUCAUUUAGGCAAAGGAACAUGUUGGCAUUAACAAGAGCAGAUGAGUAGUUUCCACUGCACAUUCUCUUCGAAGUGGAUAUUUUGCAUUGUAUGUAAAUAAAUAGAAAAUUGUCAAUAAAUCUCUUUCGCUUUUUACAUGAGAACCUAGUGUUUCACAGCCACCAACCAUAGCAGGGG